AUGGCCCUACAAUUAAAAUACAGCGACGAGCACGGCAUCCUACACAUAGACAUGUCGCCCAUCAAAACCCCCGACAAAGACAUCACAGAUCCGAAGUUCGACUCGAUCAACAACCGCUUCAGCCAGUACGACCUCUUCGGCGCGAAAUACGAAGAGGGGGGGUCGUUGUUCCGAAGCCGUUACAACAGCUUAGAAGAAGAACUCGCGAACACUCCUUACGCGUUCGCCACAGAACGCAGUCUCCACCUGUCGGAUCCGGUUCUGGACAUCACUAUCGAUUCGAAAGACGAUUUAUUCGGGCCGAAAAUCGAGAACUCGUUCACGGUGACUCAGUUGAUCCACGCGCAGGAUCGAUUCUUCGAUCUAUCGAAGAGGGUCGAGGUGAAAAGUGCUCCUAACUCCGCGUGUGUUAAAGUGAACUUGGGUGAUGCGUUUCAAGUUAUUAGGGAUGUAGAGGCGCCUAGCUCUUUACCGUAA